AUGGAGGCUAACAUCACCACAUCGAGCCUUGCUGGCCUAGUCUUGACGAUUUCAGACUUGUUUCUCCCUACAUAUCUCUUACCCUUUCGACGACAAUUAGACACCCCCGGCUUAUACUAUUCUCUUCUACCCGGCUUUUUACUCUUAACCCUUUGGACUUACUCCUCGACAAUUGUGGACCUCCUUACUGUUUCAGUUGAAAUACCGACGCAGGAUGUACUUUAUUGUAACGUCCAGCAAUGGCUUGAGGAGCGAAACCCGGCUACCAAUCAUGUCCUAGCUCGUAUAGAGGCAGACAAUAUCGAUUUCAAUCGUGAUACCAGCAAAAAACCUGGGGUUAUGGUUAAAUAUUGCCCCCGAAGGACGUGUUUCUUCGUAUACCGUGGGUGGUGGAUUCAAUACUCUCGAUUUCAUGUUCCUUAUGGUACGACUAUAAGGCAAUAUAUAACACUACGCACGCUCUGGCCAGGGUGGCCUAUCGAUGACUUCCUUCAGACCCUCUGUCGCUCAAAGAACAACCAAAUCACUACGUUUCGUCCAGCACGGGCGGAGGCAAGAGAGAUUCUACCCUGGAGGGCAGUUAAUACCAGCUUGCCUCGCUCCAUUGAAUCAGUUAUUCUAAACGAAGAGAAUAAAAAUAAGGUUCUGGCUUGUACUGAAGAAUUCCUUAAGAGUCGGGAGUGGCAUACCCAACGUGGUAUCCCCUAUCGAUUUGGCAUUUUGCUAGAAGGUCCCCCUGGGACUGGGAAAACAAGCCUCUCAUGCGCGAUGGCUGGGUAUUUUGGGUUGAAUAUAUACUGCAUGUCCUUAGGGGACCCGUCUCUUACCGAUGAUGACUUGGCUGAUUUACUAAAUUGCCUACCAAAACAAUGUUUUGUUCUAAUUGAAGAUAUCGACUGUGCAAAUAUUGAACGGCGAGAUAUUAUAGUGAACCCGGAAAAUAAAGGCAACAAAAGGCAAAUCUCCCUAUCUGGACUCCUUAAUGCGAUUGAUGGCCCAGCGUCGGCUGAAGGGAGAAUUCUGAUUAUGACCACCAAUUAUUCCCAUCAUCUUGAUGAAGCCCUAAUUCGGCCCGGACGCGUGGACUUAACCAUUCCUUUUACUCUCGCGACAAAGCAGCAACUCAAAUCAAUGUUUCUUCAAAUUUUUUCUAAAGCGGAACAAGUACCAGGCCUUGAAAAUCUUGAGAAUCUUGCAGAUGCAGCGGUAGCAGAUCUGCCUGAUUACAAGAUUUCACCUUCCCAGUUCCAGGGCUUUCUGUCAGGCCACAAAUCUGACCCCCAGGGAGCUGUGGACAGUGUGAUGGAUUGGAGAAAGAAGGUGUUGGAAGUGUAG